UUUCUCACCCUAUAAAGAUGGCUAAUAAUAAUUACAUUGAAGAGAAUAAGAUUGUAAUAGUUGGAGGGGGGAUUUGUGGACUUGCAACUGCUCUUGCACUUGACAAGAAGGGACUCGAGAGUGUAGUGUUAGAGAGAUCUGAUACCGUCAGAACCACUGGAGCAACCAUUCUUAUUCUUUCCAAUGGUUGGCGCGCACUAGAUCAACUUGGCGUCAGUACUCAGCUUAGACAGAUAGCAAAUCUCAUCACAGCGUACCGCGAUGUUUCACUCGAUAAUGGCAAACAAGAAGAGAUACCAAUAAUGAAAGAAGAACUUCGAUGCUUGAAAAGGCUUGACCUUGUACAAACCUUAGCUGAUAAUUUACCGCGUAAUACAAUUCGUUUUGGAUGUCAUGCAGUGGCUGUUAAGCUUGAUUCUUCAACUUCUCAACCUAUUGUACAACUGCAUGAUGGAACUAGCAUCAAGUGUAAGGUUGUAAUUGGAUGUGAUGGAGUAAAUUCAGUCGUCUCUGACUUCAUUGGAUUAAAAGCUACAAAGAGUUUCUCUACAUGUGGAGUAAGAGGGUUCACAAACUAUCCAUCUGGUCAUGGGUUCAGCAAUGAAUUUCUUCGAAUUCGAAAAAAGAAUCUUAUCUUUUGUAGAACACCAGUCAAUGAGAAUCGCAUGUAUUGGUUUGUAGGCCUUCCAUGGACAUCUUGCGAUUUAAAAGACUCGAGCGAACCGAAUAUCAUCAAACAAGCAACCAUUAAAUCGAUCAUGGAUUUCCCACCAGAUGUAAUAGAAAUCGUAAAGGAAAGUGAUCUUGAUUCAUUGAGUCUUACAAACAUAAGAUACCGCGCACCUUGGGAUAUAUCACUAGGAAAUUUUCGAAAAGGAACAGUAAUUGUAGCAGGUGAUGCUAUGCAUGUUAUGGGUCCUUUCUUAGGCCAAGGUGGUUCAGCUGCUUUAGAAGAUGCUAUUGUAUUAGCGAGAAAUUUGGCAAAAGAAAUGUGCAGCAGGGGGUCGGAAAGAACUGGAAAACAGAUUAUGCAGGUGAAGAUUGGAGCAGCAAUGGAUCGUUUCGUGAAAGAACGUAGAAUGAGGCUAGUUAAGCUGUCUUCACAGGCCUAUCUCAUUGGAAUGCUGUUAGAACCGUCAUCUGGCAGAUUCACAAAGUUAAUGAUAAUUAUUGCCCUAGUUGUUUUCUUCAGAAAUUCAAAUGGCCAUGCUAAGUACAACUGUGGUCAUCUCUGAUCUCACAAAUGUGUACAGGAGACGGAGGGAGAUGGUAACUGGCAGGUUUUAUUCUUGAAGAUCGUAGCAAUCAGAAGGUUCACUACAGAAAUUUGGUGUUGGCCUUUCGUUUUUGCUUUGGUUUUUGUUUUUCCUUGUUUCAGGAAAAGAGGAAACCAAUUUCACAUGUCUUACUCAAGUUUCUUGCUAAUAUGAUGUACAUAGAAGUAGCUAGAAGUGUAAUGUGCCUGUAUAUCUAUGCCUCGAUGAUAUAUAGCAACAUGCUAAAAUUGUGGCACGGCACACUGUUCUAUAAGGUUGUUGACAACAUGCUGAUUUGGGUUGUUGUUCUGUGUCAAGCUAAUCUAUAUAGCCAGGAUGUUGUUUUGGGCAAUAGAGACAGUGCUUUGCAUAACAAGCAAACCUAUGUGCGCAAGAGACGGAUAGAGAGGAGUCAUUUGGUUCUUCAUGUUCCCUAGACAGAGAUGAUUAAUUGCAUGCACGUUGCUGAUAAGUUAAAAAAUUAUCGUACAGCAUCUGUUUAUAUGUUUGUUGGUUGUUGUAUGCAUAUGCUACACUUAGUAUAAUGAGAACCUAAGCCUGUCGAGAUUCCAACUGUAGCAAAAGGUAGUUAACACUUAACAGCAAUAAACAACCAAGUGUGUGGAUCAUUACAGAUCUUUCUUUCUAGUGAUCCAUUCAUGCACGUUGAUGCAUUGCACAUCUGUUUAUUCUUCAACGACUUGAGAGGGUAGGGGACACACUAUUUGUCAUUAAUGGUUGGAACAAUGCAGAGACAGCGGCAAAUAUAGAGGAAGUUCCACCACAUG